UGAAUGAUAUAAGCGAUAUAAAACCUCACUAAAGGGAAAUAAUCAUUAAACAUGCCUACUUUUGCCGUGUACACUAACUUGCCAAAUGACAAAGUUCCAGGAGAUUUCCUGCAACAGGCGUCUGCUUUUGUGGCAAACCAGCUAGGGAAACCAGAAUCAUAUGUUACAGUGAGGGUCCAUCCAGGCCAGAUGAUGACACAUGGAGGGUCAUCUGACCCUUGUGCAAGCGUAGAGUUGUACAACAUUACAGAUGGAGCCAAAAAUAAGGAGCAUGCCGUAGCCAUAGCAAAAUUUGUGGAAAGUAAAUUAUCCAUACCCCAAAACAGAUUUUAUGUCACAUUUACAAACUUGAGAAGAGAGGAUGUUGCCCUUGAUGGAAAAACAUUUGCGUAGAAGAAUGUGGAAGAAGUUUAUUAAAACCGUUAAACAGGCAAUCACAAGUAAAAGACACUGCAGCUCAGCUGAUUUAAAGUGCAUCCAUAGACCUUAGUUCUUAAAGUCAACACUAAAAAUGAAACAAUUUGAAGAACUUCAAAGGUUCAUAAAUGCUUUAAUUAGCUAAUAUUUUAAGUGCCAUGUUUCUGCGUAACAUUUUUUUUUACCUGCUAGUUAUUGUCUUAUUAUUAAAUUACGAAUGUAGAGGAU